AUGGCGUUGGUUUCCGCAGCACCUUAUUUGGCAUUAUUAGGAGAAGAUGAUUCUAGUUUGAAGACGUACGCCUUAUCGUCACUAAACGAAGUAGUGGAUCAAUUAUGGGCAGAAAUAGCUAAUAAUAUUACUGAGCUAGAAGAUUUAUAUGAGGAUGAGUCUUUUGAAAAGAGACAGUUGGCUGCACUUGUCAUCUCCAAAGUCUAUUACAAUCUUGGAGAUUUCGAAGCUUCUGUCAAGUAUUCUCUUCGUGCUGGCAGCGAACUCAAUAUCGAGGAGAAAACUCAAUAUAUUGAAACUAUAGUGUCUCAAUGUAUUAAUCUUUAUAGUAGUUUGUCCCAAAAGAAGUUUACUGAUGAUUCCGUGAUGAUCGAUAGCCAUUUGAAUGAAAUUUUCGAGCAAAUGUUAGAAAAAUGUAUUAAGUCAAAUGAGUUGAAAUUGGCACUAGGUAUUGCUUUAGAAAGUUACAGAUUAGAUAUUGUGGAGUCUAUAUUACAAGGCCAAAUCAAGGUUGAUGAAGAAAAUGCACUUUCGUUGAUCAGCUAUGUCUUAACUUGUACUAAUACCGUCGUGAGCAAUGCUGUUUUUCGAAACAAUGUAUUAAAUUCUCUUAUCAACUUGUUAUUACUGUUAAAGAAAUCUCAUGAUUUCUUUACUACUUUCAAGAUCAUAGUUCAAUUGAAUGACUCAGAGAUAGCUUCUCAUAUUUUUAAGAAACUCUUGGUCGAUAAUAAGAAUUUGAUCGCUUAUCAAGGCGCUUUUGAUUUGGUGAAAUCAGCCUCACAAGAAUUAUUGGAUAACAUUAUUGACAACUUGAAGAAGGACGAAUCUCUUGAUUCUUCUGUGGGCUCAGCUAAACAAAAUUUAGUGCAUAUUCUAGGUGGGGUUCCCACUUGUGAUUUAGACAUUACAUUUUUAUUCAAAAACAACAACACAGAUAUUUCUAUUUUGAAUAAGACUAAGAAUUUACUUGAGGGAAGGAGCUCCAUUUUUCAUUCUGCCGUAACAUUUGCAAAUGCAUUUAUGCAUGCUGGUACGACAGAUGAUUCAUUCUUUAGAAAAAACUUGGAAUGGUUAGGAAAGGCAACCAACUGGUCGAAGUUUUCUGCCACCGCUGCUCUCGGUGUUAUUCAUAAAGGAAACUUGUCACAAGGACGCAAUAUAUUGAAGCCGUACUUACCGGGAUCUUCUGGUGCCCCUCAUACUAAAGGUGGAUCUUUAUUUGCUUUAGGCUUGAUUUACGCGGGCCAUGGAAUCGAUGCUAUAGACGAUCUUAAACUGUUCAUUGAUGAGCAUGGAAAUACUGCUGGUAGUAAUGAUAGCGAUAUUAUGUUGCAUGGAGCUUGUUUAGGAGGCGGUGUCGCCGGAAUGGGAUCCAAUAAUGAGAAUCUUUAUGAAUCAUUAAAAGUUGUUCUUUAUUCCGAUUCUGCCAUUUCUGGUCAAGCUGCUGGUUUGGCAAUGGGUCUUGUGGUGCUAGGAUCUGGGAAUGAAAGUGCAAUUAAUGAUAUGUUAACUUAUGCUCAGGAGACUCAACAUGAAAAUAUAAUUAGAGGACUCGCAAUUGGUCUUGCUUUAGUAAAUUUUGGAAGAGAAGAAAAUGCUAAUGCUAUAAUUGAGCAGUUAAUGUCUCAAGAGAGUUCUAUCUUAAGAUAUGGUGGUGCCUUUACCAUAGCUCUAGCUUACGCAGGAACUGCAAAUAGCUAUGCAAUUAAAAAGUUAUUGCACUAUGCAGUUUCUGAUCCCUCCGACAAUGUCAGAAGAGCAUCUGUGAUUGGAUUGGGAUUCUUGUUGAUUCGCGAUUAUACAUCAACGCCUCAAAUUGUCGAAUUAUUGGCGCAAUCACAUAACCCCCAUGUGCGGUACGGAACGGCUCUAGCUCUAGGAAUAUCUUGCGCGGGAAGGUGCUUUGAUGCUGCAAUCGAUGUAUUGGAGCCAUUGACCAAGGAUCCAGUAGAUUUUGUGAGACAGGGGGCGUUAAUGGCGUCUGCAAUGAUUUUAAUUCAACAAAAUGAGAAUGUCUAUCCAAAAGUUAAAGACUUCAAAACUCAAUAUGCCGACACGAUUAAGAACAAACAUGAAGAUGCUUUAGCUAAAUUCGGUGCAACCUUAGCUCAGGGUAUUAUUGACGCUGGGGGGCGUAAUGUGACCAUAAAUUUGGUGAAUACACAAACCAAUACUUUGAAUACCAAGGCUGUAGUUGGCUUAACUGUCUUCUUGCAGUCUUGGUAUUGGUUUCCUUUAGCUCAUUUUUUGCCUUUAUCUUUUGUUUCCACUUCUAUUAUUGGUGUUCGCGAAGAUUUGAAGGUUCCAAAAUUCGAUCUUAAUUGCCAUACAAAGCCUGAGGCAUUCGAAUACCCGCCCAAGAUUGAGGAGACAAAAGAAAAGCUGCCCGAUAAAAUUGCUACUGCUGUUCUCUCGACUACCGUGAAGGCUAAGGCUAGAGCUAAAAAAAAUCAAGGCAAGAAGGAAGACAAAUCUAGUUCAGGAGACAAAAUGGAUGUAGAUGAAGACGAAAUCAAUAAGAAAUCUGAAAAACCUAUCAAGUCUGACUCUGCUGAAGACACAAGGGAUAAGGAUGAGACAUUCGCUAUUCGCUAUGUCAAAACGCCGUACAAGAUUCCUAAUAUGAGCAGGGUUUUACCAGUACAGUCAAAUUACGUUUCUUUUCCAAAAGAUUGCAGGUUUUCGCCCGUCAGAAAAUUCAAUGGUGAUUGUGGCAUAGUGGUUCUUGAAGAUUCUUCGCCCCAUGAGAACAUAGAGUUUAUUAAAACAGUAAGGCAAUUGAAUAUUACUGAAGCACCGUUGCCAGAACCCUUUACAUUAAGUGCCGAGGACUUAAAAUCUGACGAUGAGUAG